CCCUACUUUUCUUUACAUAAUUUUCUAGUAUUAUUUCCUUGCCCAUCACUGUUAGAAACAUUGUUUUGUUUGGUUCUCCUGACAAAGGUAUCCUCAAAAGAUCCCUCUCCUUCCCUCUCCAUCUCAGUUUUACAUCAAAGUAGUAUACAGUGUCACCAGAAGAACCGGCGAGAGUCUCAUCUCCUCACACUCCAAAAGUUAUGAAAGGAGAGAGACAGAGAGAAACAAGAAAGAGAGGGAUCGUUGUGUAACAUCUAGUGUAAGUAAAUGCAUGGAUGGAAGAGAAGCCAUGCCAUUUUCUAGUGGGUCAUCUCCAUACCAUAUUCAUAGAGGAAGUGGGUUUCUUGGGCCCGGGUAUGGAUCACAACAUGGUGUAUCGCAUCCCCCACCUGGGUUCAGAUCCUUGUCAAAUCCUCAACUUGCAGCUCAAUCAAAUGUCCGGUCUGGCUCAACUGUGCCAGCAUUUUCAAUAGAGCCACCAGAUGUCAAUUUCGGUCAUGGCAUUAACAUGGCUGCAACCUCUGAGGUGCAAGUGGGUGAACCAGUGAAGAAGAAGCGAGGGAGGCCCCGGAAAUACGGCUUGGUUGGGCAGGUUUCACUUGGAUUGUCUCCCUUGCCAAAUAAGCCUAAGCCAUCUUCAGGGGAGGAUUCUUCCACCUCAAAAAGAAAUAGAGGGCGGCCGCCUGGGAGUGGAAGGAAGCAGCAAUUGGCGACUCUUGGUGAAUGGAUGAACAGUUCUGCUGGAGUAGCUUUUUCUCCGCAUGUGAUCAGCAUUGAAGUUGGAGAGGAUAUUGUUUCAAAACUGUUGUCAUUUUCCCAACAGAGGCCAAGGGCUGUUUGCAUCUUGUCUGGCACUGGUACAGUUUCCUCAGUAACACUCCGUCAGCCAGCAUCUUCUGGGUCCUCUAUCACAUAUGAGGGCCGUUUCGAGAUAUUAUGCUUGUCAGGCUCUUACUUGGUUGCCGAAGAUGGUGGGCCUCGCAAUCGAACUGGAGGUAUAAGUGCUUCUCUUUCUAGUCCUGAUGGCCAUGUCAUUGGUGGUGCAAUUGCAAUGCUUAUUGCUGCUAGCCCAGUUCAGGUGGUGGCCUGUAGUUUUGUUUAUGGUGUUUCUAAGAAGGAUAAACAAGUAAGCCAUCCCAUAAACGAAAAAGACUCCACAUCUUGGCCUGAUGAUAAUUUAGAUAACCUGAAAGCAGUCACACCUACUAGCAUGCCUCCUCAAAGUUUCACUUCCUCUCCGACGAGCAUUUGGCCUGGACCGCGAGCAGUUGAUAUGAGAAACCCCCACACUGAUAUUGACUUGACGCGAGGAUGACUGUUUGCUGCAACAGACACAUGGCAAUUUUGUGCAUUUCUGUUGUUGUAAAUGUAUCCAAUCCUGUGAUAAUUAUGAACUCAAUUCUCCCCACUAAAGGGCAAUGUGUUUGUGCUAACGUAGUUUGUACAAGAAGGCAUCAUUUAACCCUUUCAAGUAACAGUGUAAACUUGUCAAAAUUUCCAGGUAAACAUUAAUCUCUAGCAGAUAGAAAUCGCUGUUUCAAGCAGAUGAUGACUGCUAUUCUUUGGA